AUGGAAGACGAAGUUUUAGUGUUAAAGGAUUUAAAAACCGUACAAGACAUUGUACAUGAAUACGGACCUACUUUAAAAUAUGGUCAUAUUCCAUUAGUUAUUGACAAUGGUUCAUAUCAAUGCAGAGUAGGCUGGUCAGUUCAUGAUGAGCCAUCUUUAAUAUUUAAAAAUUUGAUUGCCAGACCACGUAAAGAUCGAUGUAAAAAAGAUGCUGAACCUCCUGUUACUCCACCCAUUCAAAUAGGAAAUGACAUUAUAAACAUUGAAGCUGUAAGGUUUCAAUUAAAAACACAGUUUGAUAAGAAUGUUGUUACACAUUUCGAAGUUCAGGAACAGGUUUGUGAUUAUAUAUUCUCUCACCUGGGCAUUGAUUCAGACGGCUGUGUUCCACAUCCAGUGGUGAUAAGUGAAGCUUUUGUCACCCCUAAUUAUAGUAGACAAUUAAUGUCGGAGCUUCUCUUUGAGGGAUAUGGUAUACCUGCAGUGAGCUAUGGAGUUGAUUCUUUGUUUAGUUUCUAUAGAAAUGAUAUUGGGGAUACAGCACUAAUUGUUAACUGUGGCUACCACACAAUUCAUAUUAUACCUGUUAUAAAAGGGAAAGUAUUUGAAGAACACGCAAGGAGAAUUAACUUAGGUGGCAGUGAAAUUGUAUGUUACAUGCACAAAUUACUUCAAUUAAAAUAUCCCGUGCAUGUUAAUGCAAUAACUAUGUCUCGUAUUGAAGAAAUUUUACACGAACACAGUUCCAUAGCGCUGGACUAUCAAGAGGAAAUAAGGAAAUGGGCUAAUCCUGAGUAUUAUGAAAAUAAUGUUAUUAGAGUACAACUGCCAUUUGUUCAAUCAUCUACCUCUUCUGGCCUCACUGCUGAACAACAAAAAGAAAGAAAGAAGGAGAUGGCUAGAAGACUUUUAGAAAUUAAUGCGAGGAAAAGGGAAGAGAGACUUGCAGAAGAUGAAGAACAAUUAAAUCAACUACUUGCUCUUCAGGAACUUAUAGAAGAUGGUGAUACUGAAGAAUUUAAUGAAGCCAUAAAAGGUUUUGACAUCAAGAACUAUGGUGAUCUUCAGAGGCAGAUAGGUAACCUGAACAUGCGUAUAGAAAAGAAUAAACAACGCAUCGCGGCGGCUGCCAACGCGGAGGAAACUAUAGAGACGCGACCAAUGGGGAGAUUUCAACCGCCUUCUGACCCCGAAGCCUUCCAAGUCUGGCUCGAUGACACGCGGGCUAAGUACCGCGAGGUGGCGGUGCGGCGCGAGGCGCGGCGCGCGCGGCGCGCGGCCAUGGUGAAGCGGCGCACGGCGGCCGCCGCCGAGCGCAUGCGCGCCAUCUCGCGCCUCGCCGCCGCCGGCGACGACUUCGGCUACCGCGACUCCGACUGGGACGUCUACAAGAGUAUAAGCCGUGAAGCCGACUCGGACUCAGAAGCUGAUGGUGAGCGACUCGUAGAGUUAGAGGAGGCGCUACGAGAACACGAGCCCCCACAACCCUCCCACCACCGCCACCAGCUGCACCUCGCCAUCGAGCCCUACAGGGCUCCAGAGUUGAUGUUUCAACCUUCGAUGAUGGGCAAUCUGGAAGCCGGUUUGGCGGAAACCAUGGAAUACGUCUUUAAACACUUCAGUGAAGAGGAACAGUUAUUGCUGGCAAAUAAUGUUUUCAUUACUGGUGGUUGUUCUCAAUUUCCAGGUCUAAAAGAAAGAUUGGAGAGGGAACUUCUGGAAAUGCGACCAUUUCAAUCGUCACAUAAAGUAGUCAUGUCGAAAAAUCCUAGUCUCGAUGCCUGGUAUGGAGCAAGAGAUUUCGCCGGUAGCAAUCAAUUUGAGAACUGGUGUAUAUCUAAAGAAGAGUAUUACGAAAUGGGUGGAGAGUACUUAAAAGAACAUCAUGCAAGUAAUAAAUACUACAAGAGUCCUGCGCCUAUCGUCGAUAAUACUCUAGCGCCAGCUGGCGACGCUAAUGUGGUCAAGGAAGAAAUUGUAGUAGACUGUUGACCUCAGUUAUUAUAUAAGUAUUUGAAAGUACACACUAAAAUAAUUUAAAUAAAUAAAUGUGCUACUUGUUUA